AUGGCGGCUACAAAGAAGCUGCGCUACUUCAAGAUCGUCAUGGAUGAUGAAAGUCUGCUCUACUUCCCGGGCGCCUUUCUCACCGGCAAGGUCGUCCUUGAGCUAGACGAAGAUACCCCAAUUCUGGGCCUCUUUUUUCACAUUAAAGGCGAAGGGGUCGUCCGGUUGGUGGGCAGCGGCGGCAUCGUCACCUCAGACAAGGAAAACUACAUAGACUUUCGCAUGCGUCUCCUGGGCGAUAAUCUCACAAGAAUAGGUGAUCGACUGUUGAUGCUCUCUGCAGGCGUCCAUACGUUCCCCUUCCGCCUUGGCCUCCCACUAGGUCUACCCUCCACCUUCCUCGGCAACCACGGCUGGGUACAGUACUACACUCGAAGUGAACUGCGAGAGCCGUCCGGUUUGGUGCACAAAAAUCAACAGGUCUUCAUCGUCAUGAAUCCAAUUGACCUCAACCUGGAGCCCAUUCUUCUCAGUCAACCCUUUACGAGUGAAACAGAAGAGAAGCUCGGUCUGCUCUGUUUCAGCAGCGGCAAAAUCGUCGCCAGAGUACGCCUUGACCGAGGCGGCUACGUUCCAGGUGAAAGCAUCUCCAUUACGGCGCACAUCUACAACAACAGCUCAACGACCAUCAAGAAGACGUGUGCCUUGCUAACGGAGACGGUACAGUACACCUCAAAGAAUCGCAUCGUGCAGAGUGAAAUGCGCGAGCUGGCGUCACUGGAGAAAGGCAAAAUCGAGCCAAACAGCGACUUUCAGUGGCGCAAUGAGCUGCUCUACAUUCCGCCCAUUCCUCCGACUAACCUUCGUGGCUGCAGUCUCAUUCGCAUUCAGUAUGAUGUCUAUUUUCUGGUCAUUCCAAAGGGCGCUCACAAGACAAUAAAACUGCAGUUGCCCAUCAUGAUUGCCACCUAUCCACUGCGCAACACCGAUGGAACACUGCAACGACGAAAGGGUACCUACUACCCGUCAACACUGCCCAUGAUGAGACCCUGGAUGAGCAAUCACGAGGGAAAAGUCAAAUCAAACAUCAGUAAAGUUUGA